AUUCGGAGGAAUUGAGAUGCCAAGACACUAAUCUAAUCGAUAGUAAGCUAAUGGAAAGAAGAAAAAAAAAGUUCCAAGUCCCCACCAGCCUUUUUUCUUUACUUCUACGAACCAUCUUCCAGUCUUUCCUCCCUCUACCAUUUCCCUUCUACCAAACCUCGCCUGCUCAUACCAAACUUGGGCGCAAUGGGUACUGGUAAGAAAGAACGUAGCCGGCUGGCCCGGCAGGGCAAGUCGGGUACGGGAAUGGACAACAUCAAGGUCAAGGGCGAGAAUUUCUACCGCACUGCGAAGAAGGUCAAGACCUUGAACAUGCGAAAGGAUGAGGGCAAACCAGUUCGAAAUGCCGAUGGCAAGAUCAUACAAGCUGCCAAGUACCAAUCCAGAGAUAUACCGUCUGCUAGGGUCGAACCUAACAGGAAAUGGUUUACCAACACCCGUGUCAUCUCGCAAGACUCCCUUAAGGCUUUCCGCGACGCGAUGGCUGAGAAGGCCAACGACCCUUACCAAGUUCUCUUGAAGUCGAAUAAGCUACCUAUGACUUUGAUCAGGGAUGACACGAAUACUCAGAAUGGCGUAAAGCAACACAAGGCCAAGAUGGCAAUUGAAAGCUCUCCGUUCGCCGACGCCUUUGGUCCUAAAUCUCAGCGGAAGAGAGUGAAGUUAGGCGUAAGCAGUCUGAUGGAUCUGGCCGAGGAUACCGAGAAGAGCAUGGACACAUAUAAGGAGCGUCUUGAGCAAGCAAGACUUCUGAGUGGCAAUUCCGGAGCUGGAGCUGAUGGUGAUGGUGAGGGCCAGACCACUGCCGAGGGUGCCCUUACUAUGGCCAUUGAACCUAUCUUCAAUAAGGGUCAGAGCAAGAGAAUAUGGAAUGAGCUCUACAAGGUUCUUGAUGCAUCGGAUGUUGUCAUCCACGUACUUGAUGCUCGCGAUCCUCUCGGUACUCGAUGCCGCAGCGUUGAGAAAUAUCUUAGGGAGGAGGCGCCACAUAAGCACCUAAUCUUUGUCCUAAACAAGACCGACUUAGUACCCACAAGCACAGCUGCUGCCUGGGUUCGCAACCUCUCUAAAGACUACCCCACUCUUGCUUUCCAUUCAAGCAUAACGAAUCCAUUCGGCAAGGGUUCUCUAAUUCAACUUCUCCGACAAUUUUCACAAUUACACUCGGAUCGCAAACAAAUAUCUGUCGGCUUAAUAGGAUAUCCCAAUGUGGGGAAGUCAUCAAUCAUUAAUACCCUGCGGAAAAAGAAGGUUGCUAAGGUAGCUCCUAUUCCCGGCGAAACUAAGGUCUGGCAAUAUGUCACGUUGAUGAAGCGGAUAUAUCUUAUUGAUUGUCCGGGUGUUGUCCCACCUAACCAGAACGAUACCCCUCAGGAUAUCCUCCUUCGUGGCGUGGUUCGAGUUGAGAUGGUGGAGAACCCCGAGCAAUACAUUCCGGCGCUUUUGUCCAAGGUCAAGCAGCACCAUAUGGAGCGUACGUACGAAAUAAAAGGGUGGACUGAUCACACCCACUUCCUAGAGCUUCUUGCUCGAAAGGGUGGUCGCUUAUUGAAGGCCGGCGAACCAGACGUAGAUGGAGUUGCUAAGAUGGUAUUGAACGACUUCAUGCGAGGCAAGAUUCCAUGGUUCACCCCGGCGCCCGUUGUAGAAGGGGAGGAAGGAAAAGUCAUAGAAGGCCGUGAAGGUAGACUCGGUGAAAUGCCAAGGAAGCGAAAGAGAGAUGACUUGGAGAGUGUCCCCGACGCAUCCGUGGCCGCAUCGGCUACAUCAGUUGCAGACGAAGAAAGUGAAAGUCAAGAUGAUGAAGAAUUCGAAGGUUUCGGCAGCGGCAGCGAGCAGUCAUCAGAAGAUGAAGCCGAAGCUGGAAUUGAAGACGAUGAGGAAGAUAUGAUACCCCUGGAAGAGCUGAGCGACAUUGACAGUGAAUCCGGCGACGAGGAGGAAGGAUGAACAAUGGCUUUGAACGCGACAAAAUAGUCGGUUUGACCAACCGCCGCUUAUAAGCUUCCUAGCCUAGGAUAAUUCCAGCUUACCUUCCAAUUCCAGUGUCGCCAGGGAUGAGGCAAGCGGACCGACAACAAGGUCAACAGCACUCCCGUCCCUCCAUUUUAACUAGUUGGAACGAUUGUCCUCUAGUGACAUCACAGACGUCCUCCACCUACUAGACACCCUUUAGUUGCUAUUUGGAU